AUGGCUGGGACACAUGACCUCAUUACACAGUAUAAAAUUGGAGCGCCCCAAACGAGCGGGGGGGGUGGGAUGCAAAACAUUCCGCGUAUGUUCAUUAUCGAAGUAAAUUGCCUAUCCGAAAACCACAGCAAUAUUUUGUACAAGUGUUUGUCGAGCGAUGAGUCUUUGAAGCAAAAUGAAAUGUACAAACAGGUGAACAUAUCUGGAAGCCUCAUAAAAAUGUAA